AUGUCUGUCACACCCAUAGAAAACCACCUUACCACCCCCGGUACUACGGCGGCAGCAGCUGGAGGAAUUGAUGUCAUAAGCCCUCACACUCCCCCAGACCGCCCCAACAAGCAUGCGAAGCAUGGUCCAGACGCCUCUGCCCACCAAACUCCACACGUUUUGAACCGCACGGACGCAGGCAGGAAAAUGCCAGCUCAACAACAGACUGAAAAGACGGGUACGAGAGACCACAACACGAGCGCUGCAGACAGUGACAUGUCUCUCUCAGAAGACGAAGGAAGAUACCACGGAGGAACCCCCGCCAAUGACCCCUUCACGAUAAACCCUCUCCCACGUACCAGAUACAAUCCUCGAGAAGACCUCCAAAACAUGUCCAUGCAUGCCACGCAACACAUGAACCCCAAGGACCAUGGAACGGCUCACAACCUGUCCCCUACCACACCCCCCUCCCCAACAAUCACCCGGCGAGGAAAUCGUGCAGCGCUAUACCCUAGGGAUAGUAUACCCCCGAACCUAGACCCCUUAGAUGAAGAGGAUGACCUGACCCCAAACGAGAACGUGGAAAACCCUCACGGACGCCUAGACCACUCAGGUCCUGAAAGCAAACCCAUUCAAGACCUCCUCAGCAUGACCUUCCUGAACGACGGACGAUUCAGACAUGCUGUCUUCUACCCUUCUGACCUCCUCCAAGGAGUAUCGAACUCUAAAAUACCCAUGCUCCUAUCAGGGAGCGACAUCUGGGUAGCGGUAGUAUUCUUUAACAGAGGGAAUGUGAUGCACCAAAAGAUCCGAACCACAGUUAAAGACAUCGAAGCCUUCCUCACAUCCAUUGGCUGCGAAUCCCACCAAGGACAAACCAUAGCCCCCUUCUACGACAACCCACCUGAUCCUACACCCAGCAAUAGAGGGAACCCCAACGGAGGCAGAGGAUUUGGGCGAGGCGGACGUGGAUCCCGAAACAGAGGACGAGGUGCCGCCACCGGUGUAGAACCCCAGCCCAACCCGAGGCUUAAAUACGCAGGACCGAACACCGCAUUCAUCCGAAUCACCUCCCCCAAGCUCCGCGACACCCUACUCCGCAUCCAAUCCUUCGCGCUCUCACGCAUCCUAGCGUUCCACCUCGUACCAAUCAAUGUCAAUCGGCGCCCCUCUGUGGUCUGCCUACUAUACUCGACAGCGCUGGAAAACGGAGAGCACACCCAACAACAGAUCCUAUACAGCAUCAAGCAGAAACUGCGAGUCAACAACCCGGUAUUCUCAGCCCUCUUAGCACCCCGUGUGAGACUCCCUGGUUCCACGGGACACAAAAUCCGCACCUUCGUUAACUCAAUGGACCUGGUGCCCGCCGGAUACGAAACCGAGCGCCAAGGUCGUACAGUCCAAGUAUGGGUCCUAUACGCCGCUCCCCUCGCCUCAGGCUCAGACUACAACGAAACCGAUGCAAAUGAAAAAGCUAUACGCCGGUACAUUGCCUCACUCCGGUUUGAAUUUGUCGACCUCGAGGAGAACACCUCAAUCGACAGCUGGGGAGAACAAACAGAAUGCUCGUUGUGCAAGUUGACAGAACACCACUUCUUCAUGUGCCCAUUCAAGACUGAACCAUGGACGGGCCCAAUGGACCACAUCGACGCAUGCAUCGAAAAGCACCGGGAGAGUGUAAAGCAGGUGAAAGCGCUCACGAAGGUCUAA